AUGUCGACCGUUCAACUAGACGUUGGGAGUCUGUGCUGGAUUCCUGAUGAGAAGCUAGGUUGGCUUCCUGUCAAGGUAAAGUCCCUUUCCAAAGAAGGUGAGAAGCACAAGAUUGAGCUGGAAUCCGAAGACGAUCCCGAGAGAGUCAUCACUAUAACAACAGACGACCUGAGUGACUCCAAUCCUCAGGUUCCAUUAAUGAGAAACCAUGCUGAAAAUGUUGAGGAUCUAACGACCCUCUCUCAUUUGAAUGAACCUUCUGUUUUGAAUGUGAUCAAACUCAGAUACUCUCAAUUCAAUAUUUACACGUAUUCUGGUAUUGUGCUCAUUGCAGUGAAUCCUUUCCAGAGGAAUGACGAGUUAUAUUCUUCUUACAGAAUAAGAAGAUAUGCAAACACUAGAAGAGGUGACGAAGAACCUCACUUGUUUGCAAUUGCAGAAGAGGCUUACAGAUGUAUGAUAAACAGAAAAGAAAACCAGUCUAUCGUUGUUUCUGGUGAGUCGGGUGCAGGUAAGACAGUUUCUGCUAAAUAUAUCAUGAGAUACUUUGCAAGCGUCGAUUCUGACGAAAAUCAACAUGAUAUGUCUGAAACGGAAAAGCAAAUUCUUGCGACUAAUCCUAUUAUGGAAUCCUUUGGUAAUGCUAAAACUACUAGGAACGACAAUUCCUCUAGAUUUGGUAAAUAUCUUGAAAUCUUGUUUGAUGAUAAUACUGUCAUUCGUGGUGCUAAAAUUAGAACCUAUCUAUUAGAGCGCUCUAGGUUAGUCUUCCAACCAAAAACAGAACGUAACUAUCAUAUUUUCUAUCAAAUGAUCCAAGGUUUGGAUGAGGAGACCAAAAAGUCAAUUCACUUAACCCAUGUUGAAGACUAUUAUUAUCUAAACCAAGGUGGUGUUCCAAUUAUUGAAGGUAUUGAUGACCGUAAAGAAUUUGAAGAUACCCGUAACGCAUUGAGCUUGAUUGGCAUUGACUCUGAAAAGCAAUUGCAAAUAUUCAAGAUUUUAUCUGGUCUAUUGCAUCUAGGUAAUAUUGAAAUACCUAAAACUAGAAAUAAUGCAUCACUUUCCUCUGAUGAGCCAAAUCUAGUUAAAGCAUGUGAACUUCUAGGGUUGGAUCCGGUGUUGUUUGCUAAAUGGACAGUGAAAAAACAAAUCAAAACAAGAUUUGAAACCAUCAAUACUGACUUGAAGUAUAACGAGGCAAUCAAUGCAAGAGAUGCUAUUGCUAAAUACAUCUAUCAUAAUCUAUUUGACUGGUUAGUCGAAUAUGUCAACUCUGAUUUAUGUCCUCCUGAAAUUGAGGAAAGCAUUAGCACUUUUAUUGGCGUUUUGGAUAUUUAUGGUUUUGAGCAUUUUGAGAAAAAUUCGUUUGAACAAUUUUGUAUCAACUAUGCUAACGAAAAAUUACAACAAGAAUUCACACAACAUGUUUUCAAAUUAGAGCAACAGCUCUAUGUUGACGAAGAAAUCGAGUGGUCCUUCAUUGAAUUCUCAGAUAAUCAACCUUGUAUUGAUGUUAUUGAGAAGAGAUUGGGUGUCUUGGACUUAUUGAACGAAGAAUCCGGUUUACCAUCUGGUUCUGAUCAACAAUGGGCGGACAAGUUGUACCAAAAUUUGGCUAAACCUCCAACUGACAAAGUUUUCAAGAAACCAAGGUUUGGUAAUAACAAGUUUAUAAUUUCCCAUUACGCUCUUGAUGUUCCUUACGACACUGAAGGUUUUGUGGAGAAGAAUAGAGACACUGUUUCUGAUGGCCAAAAGGACACACUAAAGGCAACCACAAAUGAAUUCCUCAAUGAGGUUUUAACAAGAUCUGAAAAAAGUGUUAACAAUGAAGAAGGUAAAGUUGCUCCGCCAAAACCAGGUAGAAAAGCACCAGCAAAAGAGACUUUGGGUUCCAAAUUCAAAGGGUCAUUGAUUGAAUUGAUGAAGACCAUCAACUCAUCCAAUGUUCACUAUAUUAGAUGUAUAAAACCAAAUGAGCAGAAAUUAGCAUGGGAAUUUGAUCCGAAUAUGGUUUUGUCUCAAUUAAGAGCCUGUGGUGUUUUAGAGACAAUCAAGAUUUCAUGUGCCGGUUUCCCAUCUAAGAUGACGUACCCUGAAUUUGCUGACUCAUUCAACGUCUUGUUUGAUUCCAAUGAUCGUUCCAGAAUUUUGAAAGGUGAUGUCGAUGAGGAAUUUUUGAAAUCACUGACUAGAUCUUUUAUGGAGGAGCAUAUCAAAGAUGAUCAUAGCUUUCAAAUUGGUAAAACUAAAGUGUUCUUCAAAGCUGGAAUUUUAGGUAAUAUUGAGAAGAUGAAGAGUGAUAAAAAUAAGAAAUCAGCUAUAAUAAUCCAGAAGUAUUUGAGAGCCUAUCCACCUAGAAAAUUAUUCAAGGAGACUAGAGAAGCUACUAUCAACCUACAAUCUGCUAUUAGGGGAUUCAUUGUCAGAAAGAACAUUCAAAGGGAAAAGGAAGAGGGUGCUUCUAUCUUACUUCAAUCUUUGACCAGAGGCUUCAUUAUGAGAAAAAGAUUUGCUGAAGCAGUCAAAUCAUGUGUUAGAUUGCAAUCACAAAUCCGUGGAUUUACAAUUAGAAAGAAUGUUUUCAAGAAUCACCAGAAUAAGGCUGCUAUUUUGAUCCAAUCCGUCGGCAGGGGUUCCAUUGCUAGAAGGGAAUUUAACAAGACUAGAAGGGCCGCAAUCAUUAUUCAAUCACAUGGUCGUAGACAAUUGGCCAAGAAAGAGUUCAGCCAGUUAAAGGAGGAGGCGAAAUCAUUGAAUAAAAUGCAACAAGUCCAGUAUAGUUUAGAAAACAAGGUUAUCGAACUAACCCAAUCACUGAGUUCCAAAAUUGAGGAAAAUGUCAGACUAGUCAAUGAAAUUGAACAACUUCAAAGCUUAGUUUCAAAGACACAAGAAGAGCAUUCUAAUCUAAAGACCCGAAUGUUAGAAACUGAGGGUGAGCAUUCGAACAGGAUAGUUGAAUAUGAGAACAAUAUUAUUGAAUUGAAUAAUGAGAUUUCACAAGUUAAAUUUGACUAUGAAGCCGCAAGAAAGAAGGUUGAAGAGUUAACAGAAUCACAAAAUAAGUUAAAGGUCGAACUAACUGAGAAUUUAGACGCAUUGAAGAAGGCACAGCAAGAGCUGCUCGAAAGUAAGGAUGAGAAGGACACAUUGUACAACCAAGUUGAAACAUUAAAGUCCGAAUUGAAUGAAUUACAAGAACAUAUCUCAUCUGGUAAGUUCAAUAAUACUAUUCAAGGUACGAUACCGAAUGGAACACAGUCCUUGACCUUCAAGGAGAAGAAUCCAUCUAAUGUUGAAUACGGCGGAGAUGAAAAUGAUGAGCUAGAGGAGAUCAAUCUAGAAUUAUUAAGGCUAUUGAAUGAUUCGACAACCCUACAUAAGGAAGUUGUUGAAAACCUAUUUAAGGGACUGAAAUUACCACCUGCAGUUGUUGCAUCACAACCAAGUCAAAAGGAGGUGUUAUUCCCAGCCAGAAUAAUUAUUAUCAUUUUAUCGGACAUGUGGAGAUUAGGGUUAACAUCUAGAAGUGAAACUUUUUUUGGAGAAGUAUUAUCAGUUAUCCAAACUAUGGUUUCAGAGUUAAAGGAUGAGGAUAUCAUCACGUAUGGAGCAUACUGGUUGACCAAUACACAUGAGUUAUAUUCAUUUGUAUCGUAUGCUCAAUCUACUGUCACAGCAAAUGUUGAGAUUGCCAAGGCGAUGGGAGAGGAAGAUUACAAUAUAUUUAUGAAAUUAAUUGCAGAUGCGAAGGAAGAUUUCGAGUCUUUAUCAUACAAUAUAUACAACAUAUGGAUGAAGAAGAUUAUGAAUAUAUUGGACAAGAAGAUUAUUUCUGCUAUUGUUUUGGGCCAAUCAUUACCUGGUUUUAUGUCAACCGACCAGUCACCAUUAUUGAGUAAGAUGUUCCAAAAGGAUCCUAAAUAUACAAUGGACGAUGUUUUGACUUUUUUCAACAAUGUCUAUUGGGCGAUGAAAUCCUACUAUUUUGAGAACUAUGUUAUGGAGACGGUUAUAAUUGAGCUAUUGAAGUUUGUCAAUGCAAGCUGUUUCAAUGAUUUGAUUAUGCGUAGAAACUUUUUAUCAUGGAAGAGGGGCUUACAGUUGAACUACAAUGUCAUGCGACUUGACGAAUGGUGUAAGGGACAUGGAAUUCCAGACACCAGCAACUAUCUCUCACAUUUGUUCCAAGUUUCCAAGCUAUUACAAUUGAGAAAGAACACACCGGAGGACAUUGACAUAAUCUAUGAGAUCUGUUAUAAGUUGAAGCCUGUUCAGAUUCAAAAGCUAUUUUCCAUUUACCAUAUAGCCGAUUACGAAGUUCCAAUUUCUCCAAACAUUACCCAAGGUUUAGCUGAUAAGGUACGUGAGAGUGGGCAGACGGAUUAUUUGGAGCCUGUCAAUAAGGACACACUCUUUGACGAUCCAUUCAGAGACAUCAAAUUGAGGCCAUUCAACAAGAUUGAGGCUUAUGUUCCAGCGCGGUUGAAUGUGCCAACCAUCAGACGGAUUGUUGAGUUAUCCACCUUGAAUGCCACAUACCAAAGUCAAAUAAGUGAAUAG